AUGGGAAAUUCAAUGGGAAUUAGAGGAUCAAUUAGAAGAAGAAAAAGAACAACAAAAGUGAUGAAAAUCAAUGGAGAAGCCUUCAAAAUAACACUUCCAACCACAGCCUAUGAAGUUACAAUUCACCAUCCAAAUCACCUUCUCUAUGAAUCCCAAUCCCUCGAGCAAUUUGGCCUCCGAGCCAAGCCUUUGGAUCCUCACCAUCAACUCAAACCUAAAACCCUCUACUUCCUCCUCCAAUUGCCAACCCUCCUCGGUGACCACUGUCCGCUUCGUCGCGUUUGUUCCGACCUUCAUUUAUCUGCCUCCGACCGCCUCGAGUGCCUCUUGCUCUCUCGUCGAUCGGUUUCCGACCUCCAAACCGUUCGGUUCGAUCCUCAAAGGUUGUCGACAGACGGUGGUGCCGCUAAGCCCGUGCAGGUCAAAUUUCGACUGCCAAGGGUGGAGUUUGAGAGAUUGAUGAAGGAAUGUAAGAACAAGGUGGAGGCAACGGAGAGGAUUGUUGAUUUUUGUGGAAGAAGUAGAGAUAAUGGCGAUGGUGGCCAAGACGAUGAGCUAUUUGGGAAGAUGGGUGAUGCAUGUAGUGGUAAAGCCCGCGAGGUGUGUUUUCUAGCUGUUUUAUUUGAAUCCUUCAAUUUUAUGAUAAAAUUGUUAUGA